CUGCAAUAUGAAGGCGGUUGCUUAGGAAGUUUCUCUUGCAAAUGCAGUUUUUUGCUUUUAGUUCAGUAUGGCCCCUCUUGGUUGAGUUCGUCCAAAUUGAUCGGUUGGUGAAGCACAUGUAUUGCUAAUAGAUUGCAAGGAGAACAUCAGGCAUCUGCUGCCUUCUUUCCCCUGAUUACUGUCAAAAGGCAAGAAGAAGAAGAAAGAGGAGGGGAGGCAAAAUGGGUGCUGGAAGAUUUCCAAGUCCUAGAGACUCUCCUGGGAAGAGGUCGACACUUCAGCACCUGUUCGAUAUGGACUCGAGGGGCAGCCCGUUGAGAAGCAGUGGCAACAGCAGCAGCCCUCUGAGGAGGCACCAUCAUCAGCCCUCCGCCAACGAAGAGAUACUCUCGAUGAUAUCUGCCUGCUCGGUCACGUUCACGUUCACCGACCCUUCAGAGUCUCCGUCACAGCAGGACCUGAAGCGUCUCAAGCUCACGCAGCUUCUGUACCUGAUAAAGUCCUCCAAGCGGCCCCUAGACGACCAGACGGAUGUGAUACCCCCCCUUGUCUCAAUGCUCAAGUUGAACAUAUUCCGUCCUCUUCCCCCUCCCUCGAACUUCUCAUUCAUUUCCGACUUGCCCGAUGAUGAGGAGCUCGUGUCCACUGCCUCGCCUCUCUGGCCCCACCUCCAGAUCAUCUAUGAUAUUCUCCAAAGGCUGAUCAUGAAGACCAAUCCCAAGACUCUCCGGGACCACGUAGACCGACCCUUCCUCUGCAGCUUCCUUUGCCUGCUCCAGUCUGAGGACCCGAGGGAGCGUGAGAGAUUGAAGAGCAUCUACCACCUCAUAUACUCCAAGUUCACGUCCCACCGUUCCUUCAUGCGGAAGUCGAUGAGUGACGUCCUCCUGAGGUACAUGUACGAGACGGAGAGGCACUGCGGGAUCGGGGAGAUACUGGAGAUAUUGGGGAGCAUCAUCAAUGGGUUCACAGUGCCACUGAAGGAGGAGCACAAGUUGUUCCUGAUCCGUGUCCUCCUCCCACUACACAGGGCCAAGGGGACGAUGAUGUACCACAAGCAGCUAAGCUACUGCGUCUCCCAGUUCGUGCAAAAGGAGCCAGCGCUCGGUGGGGUCGUGGUGAGGGGGAUCCUGAGGUAUUGGCCGAUCACGAACUCACAGAAAGAGGUGUUGAUCAUCGAUGAGUUGGAGGAGCUAGUAGAGAAAAUCGAUCCUGAUCAGUACAGGAAGUUAGCUCUCCCCCUGUGCACAAAGAUCACCAGGUGCUUCAACAGCUUGAACUCUCAGCCCCUUGGUACCAGGUGCUGGAAGUUCUCAGGUCAUUUAUGUGCUCAUCAGGUAGCAGAGCGGGCGCUCUACAUAUGGAACAACGAGCAGCUUGUAAAGAUGGUAUCGGUGGCCAUGGACGAGGUCUUCCCGGUCGUAGUUGAGGGCUUGGAGAAGAACUUGAAGUGGCACUGGAGCCCCAGCGUGAGGCAACUAACCGAGAAUGUCAAGCAGAUGUUCGAGGAGAUGGACCCGGCCCUGUAUGCCAUGUGCGUCCAGGAGAUGGAGCGUUGGGAAGCAAUGGGCCGCAGGGAGGAGGCCAGGAGGAAGGAGAGGUGGGAGAUGAUCGAGUCACUCGCAGCUUCGAGGCAACCGAAUCAUCACCAACCCUUCUUCCAAACUCCCAAGUAUAUAUGCGUGUGAUAUCUGACACGCUACAUACAUACCACAUUGUUUAGAACAAUACAUAUGUGCUAUUCCUCUCCUACGAAAUGGAAGUGUUUCGAAUGGAAUACGGCAAUUUUUGUU